UUUCAGUCAAAAUGGAUUCAAUAUCUUUACUAGUUGGACCGCCUCCCAAUGCAUCGAGAGCUUUAAAUCAAGAUGAUUUUGACACACGCUACAAUUUUGCAAAAUAUCGAAAAAAGAAGACAAACACGGAACUUGCCAAACAGUUUGCAAUCGGUGAUAAUUGGAUACUAUAUCAAUCACCAAAUCCAUGGACACAGAUUCUAGCAAUAACCACGUGGAUUAACAAGUAUCAUGUUAAGGAUUCUCUAGGCAAAGACUUGAUAGGUGCAUUGUAUCUUUCUCUUUUACUUCUCCCACAAGCAAUUGGCUUUGGAGUUGUGAUAAAUGACGUGGCUUCAGCAGUUUACUCAAUGUUCAUUCCUCAAAUCAUUUAUGCAUUCUUUGGUUCUGCACAACAUUCUUCUCUUGGAGCAUUGUCAUUUUUGUCAAUUAUGAUCUAUUGCUCAAUUGAAUACUCUCACUCGCAUCUUUCAUCAAUUUCUCUUUGUUGUGCUUUUAUUCAGUUGAUGCAAUUUCUUCUCCCAUUGGAAUUCAUAUUUUCUUACAUCUCAACUUCUGCGUUAUCGGGAUUUUCAGUUGGUUUGUUCAUUCGUAUUGUCUUCCGAUUUCUUCCCCAAUUUCUUGUGUUUCGUGGGCAUGACUGUAAAAGUACAUCAGCAGUUGGAAUCCUUCUUCCAAAUACUACUGAUAACGUGAAAAGAGUUCUUCAAUGCUUUUACGCAGCUGUUCCAUGUUUGAGAUCCGCUGAUACCAUUCUAAUUGUUGCAACCGUCGUCGCUGCCAUGGUUUUUAUUAUUUUCAAAUGGCGACUUUCUCGUUUUCUGAUUUCAAAAAUCGGCUUUAGUGCUCCUCAUGAGUUCUUUGUUUUGCUCACAGUUACUCUCAUUAUUUUCUUUUUCCAACCCGAUGUCGCAUCUCAAGCUUCAUCUCGAAUUGAUCUUUCAAUUCCAAAAAUCGGAUUAUGGACCCUUCCCUCAUUUAACACAUUUCUGGAUUCUUUCGCAAUUUCAAUUUAUGCUAUGACGUCACACAUGCAGAUCACAAAAUCGAUUGCUGAGGAGAAAAUGUAUAAAGUUCAUCGAAAACAAGAACUAUUCUGCUUCUCAAUAAUUUCCAUAUUGAGCUCAUUUUUUGGAUUGUUGCCUCCGUCAAGCAGUUAUGGAAGUUCACAAAUUAAUAUUGAAUCUUCUAAAUUCUCAUUAGUUGCCAACGUUCUGUCAUUGAUUCCCACAAUUUUAAUGGUUCAUUUUGGAGCACCAUUGUUCAAUGCUCUUCCAAUUUGUGCAAUUGGUAUCAUGGUGAUAACAUCUUUCAAUGGUUGGUUUAGUGAUCUCAAAAAUAUACGAGAAAUUUUUUAUUCCUCUACAUGGGAUGCGGCAAUUGCUAUGGCUGCAAUUGUGAGUGCUUUAAUUUUCCCAAAUGUGUGCACUGGCUUCAUCUGUAUGUUGUUUUGCUCAAUUUUCGCAGUUUCAUUGAAAGUCCAAUUCCCGAAUGUUGAGGUUCUUGCCAAGCUGUCUGAGUCGCAUUUUGCUGAGGAGAAUCGUUACGAAGGUGAUUGCCUUGAUACUCCUCUUCGAAUCAUUCGUCUCAGUGGACCACUUCUUUCCGUUAAUUGUGAAAGUAUCAGAAGUGAACUUUUCAAACAGGCGGUUGUUGUCAAAGGUCUGAUCGGAAUUGGAAUCGGAACUCGAACUGCAUCUUUACGUAGUCAAUGUCCAUCAGCAAUUGGACCAAAAUUCUCAAUUCAGGAAAGUAUAUGUGCACGGGAAUCUGUGAAUCUCUCAGCAAACAUUACGAUAAUUCAAGAGUGUGAUGUCUCCGUGGCUCUGCCACCUUCAGAAGAUACUCCUCCAAUUGUUAGAUUUCUCGUUUUGUCAAUGAAUGGAGUGACUGGUAUUGAUAAGGAUAUGUUGACAUGUUUAUCACAGGUGUACGGAGACUUGAGCAGUGAAAAUAUAAAAAUACUAUUGGCUGGUGUACCCGCAUUUGUACGUGAUUCAAUGGAGCUUCUGGGAUUUUAUAAUACAGUCCCAAGAACUCAAUUUUAUCCAAAUGUUCAAGAAGCAUUACUAUCAGCAAGGAAUACAGUACUUCCAUUCCAUAUGAGUGUUUCUAUGAAUGGUUAUCGUGACGUCAUAGCUCUCUCGUGUGCUGCAUCCAAUGCAGACUUGAAUCGACAACCGUCACCGGAAGCAGUCUGAUUCCCUUUCUUUCCACUCAGUUUCAUAUCAUUUUACCUCUUAUCAGAUCUCAUAAAACUUUUUGACUUA